UUUCCCAGUCGAGUUAUUAAUACUUGAGUUGUGUUAAAUCCCGUGAACGGUUGGCUCAGCAUGUCGGCGCUCUCACACAGCUGAGGGAUGAGGAGGCUAACUGUUAAGAGCUCUGGCUAAAUGCUAACUUCAGCUUCGGGAUAGAUUUAUUAGUGGCGUUGAUAUCCAGCUGCUGACUCCUCUGAUAUUCACCGGCUAAAGGAACCACCUGCAGAGUCCUCUUGUUUUUGUUAAAUUGUUUACUUUUUCUGUCAUCAGCGGGAGUUCAUUCACUCCGAAAAACCAAAAGGACAUCUGUAGCAAGGCCUGGACUUUUUUAUUGUUGUUUUUUCCCCCUUCAUUUUAUUGGACAUUGAAAACAUCCCAGUUUCCAAUACACCAAUUAAAUCUAAGGAUGAUGCCCUAAGGGGCAGGAUGAGGAUGGCUGCUUGUUUUUGUACUGAGUUUUCAGUAAGUUCCUGGAGAAGCCCUGUCCUCUAAUGAUCUCCAUGGAGGAUUUUUCGUGACAAACCCCUCCGGGGCCACUUGGGUCCAAACUCUGGACUUACAGGAAUUUGAAUCCCUAACUUAAGAAUAUUUCAAGGAAUAAUAGCCGCAUUAACUUCAGGAUGGAGCUCUUCUUCAACCCUUUUGAUAAUUUACUGUGCAUCCUGCUGGGGAUCUCCUUCACGGUGUGGUUCACCCUACUCCUGGUGUUCAUUAUUGUUCCAGCAAUAUUUGGGGUGUCUUUUGGCAUCAGGCGUCUUUAUAUGAAGACAUUGUUGAAGAUCUUUGAGUGGGCAACACUAAGGAUAGAGAGGGGAGCCAAAGAGAAAAAUCACCACCUGUACAAACCUUACUCAAAUGCGAUAAUCGCUAAGGAGCCGACCUCCUUGGAGGAGGAAAUAAAGGAGAUCCGGCGGAGCGGCAGCAACAAAGAUCUGGACUCUGCCUCAGAGUUUGAGAUGUCAGACAUCUUCUACUUUGCUCGGCGAGGGGUGGAGAGCAUCAUGGAUGAUGAAGUGACCAAGCGGUUUUCAGCUGAAGAACUGGAAUCCUGGAAUCUUCUGACACGCAGCAACUACAACUUUCAUUAUAUCAGCCUGAGGUUGACCGUCCUCUGGGGGCUGGGCCUCCUGAUCCGCUACGGUAUCCUGCUGCCUCUCAGGGUAACCCUGGCCUUCACUGGUGUCGGCCUGCUGGUGUUCCUUACCUCUCUAAUUGGGCUCCUGCCAAACGGAAGGAUGAAAAACCUCCUCAGUGAGAAAGUUCAUCUGAUGUGCUACAGAAUAUGCGUCAGAGCGCUGACUGCCAUCAUAACCUACCAUGACAGUGAGAAUAAACCGAAAAAUGGAGGCAUAUGUGUCGCCAACCACACUUCACCCAUUGAUGUUAUCAUCCUGGCCAGCGACGGCUGCUAUGCUAUGGUUGGACAAAUUCAUGGUGGAUUGAUGGGGGUCAUACAGCGGUCUAUGGUUAAAGCCUGCCCACACAUCUGGUUUGAGCGAUCAGAAGUGAAAGACAGACACCUAGUGGCCAAACGGUUGAGUGACCAUGUUCAAGAUAAAUCUAAGCUGCCCAUUCUCAUUUUCCCAGAAGGCACCUGCAUAAACAACACAUCUGUCAUGAUGUUCAAGAAGGGCAGUUUUGAUAUUGGUGCAACUGUUUAUCCUGUGGCCAUUAAGUACGAUCCCCGGUUUGGAGAUGCCUUCUGGAAUAGCAGUAAGUUUGGGAUGGUCAACUAUCUUCUACGUAUGAUGAGUAGCUGGGCCAUCGUCUGCAGCGUGUGGUACCUUCCUCCGAUGUCAAGAGAGGGGGGAGAGGAUGCCAUGCAGUUUGCCAAUCGUGUAAAAGCAGCCAUAGCCAGGAAGGGGGGACUCGUUGACCUUCUGUGGGAUGGAGGUUUAAAGCGAGAAAAGGUAAAGGAUACCUUUAAAGAAGAGCAGCAAAAGCUUUACAGCAAAAUGCUUGUAGGCACUCAGGAGGACCGCAGCCGCUCCUGAGGCCCCUUCAUGGAGGCGGACUGACUCUGAGAUAGCUCUGGGCUUCCCCUGACCAAGCAUGCAGCAGCAGUGGUCCGUCACUGUGGAACAGCUGGACUGGAUUCUUCUCUCCUCGAUGUCAACAGAACUUUGGCUUCUCCAGUCACAGCCUCAGCAUGUUAAGUUGCAUCACUGUUGUGGGCUGUUCUGCCCUCUGUUGGAGUAGCUUGAUAAAGGCCUUGCUAGAAAAAGAAAGUUUGGCAAAAAAGGGAACGCCUUCCUCUUUCAAUUUUUAUGUACGGGCAAAAACAAAUGGUCUCCUAUAUUUGACUCCUGUCUUUGUUUUGUCGUCUGAACUCACUUUUUCCAAAGCUUUUUGCAUCAUCUUUAGCCGAGGUUACAGAAGUAAUAACACUUGGAUUGUAGUAAAGAGAUAACGUAGACUAAAUCUAGCUUGUUUUAAACCUGAAGCAGAGUUGUUUUGUUUAAUCUUGGAUAGUUCCUCCACCGUAGGGCAAAAUGCCAAACUUUGUUACAUUUCAAAUAUUUUUAUGUUCUGUUUUUUUUUUUCCAGACUGAUGAAACACAUCUUGUAUGGAAGAUAUUUAUUUUGCUCUGCAAACUUGUUUCAUGACUUGAUUUUCAUUUAGAGCUACAUUGCAGAAAAGCUCCCUGUUGAACGUGUGUUUUCCAUGGAGUGUGAGAGACCUCACAAUAUGAAGUGGAAACAGUUCCUGUUAUGCAGGAGUAUUGAUUUUAAAGCAGAUGCUCCUCUUUAAACCGACGCUGCAACAAAACUGGAGUAAAAGAAACUCACAUUCUUUAAUAAAGUAUUUGGCUUUAGAGAUGUGUCUUAAAGGCUCAUUGCACCAAGGAAACUGCAUAUGAUAAACACCCAUAACAGAAAUGCAAACGUAAGUAACAAGCUGAAUUCUGUCUAAAUACACGCCCAACCAGACCUGUUUUUGUGCAGUUUCUCUAUUGCCUCAUCUACUUAAAGCUAAAGCUUUUGUCUUUAUUAUCCUCUAAUUGAAGAUGUUGUUUUCCUACUUGGCAACCUCAAGGUCUCUGGAAUGCAGUGCAGCUGUAGUUUGGGGCUUUACAUCAGGCUAGGAGGUAGCACCGUGGGUACACCAUGGGUACAGGUUCCCCCCUGAAACAAUCUUAGUUUGUUAUCAGGGACAGUCCUUUAGAUGCUGUCAAAUCAUUUCAUUAAAAUAUAUGUUGAACUAUGA